GGUGGUGACCCACUAAACUGGUGAGUGUACCUAGCAUCAGCCUGACCAGUCAGUCUCGUCAUGGCAGCAGGCAAGAUAUCUCUUCUCUCCAUCCUUCUGGUGGCCUUAGUGGCUGAAUCCAUUGCACAGACUUGCAAUGCAGUCAACAAAAAGUGUUCAGGCACUAAUAAGGAAUGCUGCUCAGGCUGUUGCCUUGGCACCAAGUGUGUGGAAGCGACUCAGUGUGCACCCAAGUGCCCAGCUGACCUAGAGUUCAAGUGUAAAUCAGCUGCUCAGGAGUGUUUCCUGAAGCCUGUGGCCAGCUGUUCCAAGCCUCCGUGCAAGCCAGAGCCUGCCUGUCGAUUCAUUCCCCCCUGCAACCGCCUCAACUGCCCCAAGGGUAAACAUUGUGUGGACAUCGGAGGAAACCCUCCCACUGCAGCCUGCCAGCCCGAUCCCAAGACCCCGGCACCUGCGUCUUAAUCUGAGUUCAGCUAUGUGACUGCUGUUUGUUCAUCUCACCAUUAAAUGUUUACUGUUAAGAAAA